GCUGAGCAGUCACGUGGGCGGUGAUGUCACAGCUGACAGCAGGAACCUUGGGCCAGGCAAGUGACAGCGCUAGUGCUGUCUCAGUGACAGAGAGGGAAUGCGAUGUGAGCGAUGGUGUUGCAGCAACAUUGAGUAGCUGACGCGAGAGACGCACACGAGGAGCAGGAUGCCGGCCAUGCUGAUGUUCUCCAGGCGCUGGGCAAUAGCCAGUGAUGACCUGGUGUUUCCUGGAGCCUUUGAGCUGGUUAUUCGGCUGCUCUGGUGGAUCGGAAUGUUGGUGCUUUAUUUUGUCCACAAAGGGCAUUUUGAUUGUGUUGGAGGAGCCAUUCUGCGCAGUUACCUGAUUGUUCUGAUUGUCUUACUGGCCUCAAUAAUAUGUGUGGUCUCUGCCAUUGUGUAUGUCAGCAUGCAAGGAACAAUCGCCAACCCAGGGCCUCGAAAAUGCAUGCCAAAACUGGUGUAUAUCAGGCUGGCCCUCUAUGUUCCAGAGUUUGUCUGGGCUGUCCUGGGAGCCAUCUGGGUGUCGGACAAUAGAAUGCAAUGUGAUCGGGUGGUGGUGCAUGUCAUACUCUUUGCAGUCAUUGCCAGUUGGGUCAUUAUACUGCUCACUACAAUAGCCAUAGUGCUCGUGUUUGACCCGCUCGGCCGUAAGAAGACUUUGUACAGACCCAGUGACCCCCAGAACCUGGAGAGCAGCCAGUCAGAGCAAGUACUUUACAACGUUAGGAAGGCAUCCACCCGUGUGUGGGAGACGCGCAUCCGACUCCUGUGCUGCUGCAUUGGCAAAGAUAAUGACAACAGAGUGGCUUUCUCCAACAUCGCUGAGCUUCUCAGCAGUUAUUUCUCUGACACGGAUUUGGUUCCCAGUGACAUUGCUGCAGGGCUCACUCUCCUACACCAAGAACAGGAUAAAGUGGAGCGUAGCAGGGACCCAGAAGAAGUGCUGUGCCAUUCACCAACACAGAAUACAUUUCAGAGUGACAGUCUGGAAACGGAGUUGAAUAAAGCGACUCACUACAUGCAAUUUGCAGCUGCUGCUUAUGGCUGGCCCUUGUAUGUCUACAGCAACCCACUCACCGGCUUGUGCAAGCUCUGUGGACAGUGUUGCCAGAACAGAGCAUCUCAGAAUGAAAUUGCUGGUGGGGACAGGUUUAACUGCCACUUUGGCUCCAUUUUGCAAACCACAGGACUCCAGCACCGGGAUAUCAUCUACAUCAGCUUUCACAACAGGAUCUACGAAAUCCCCUUCUACGUUGCUCUUGACCAUAAGACGGAAUCCAUACUUGUAGCAGUGAGAGGCACUUUAUCUCUAGAGGACGUUCUGACUGAUCUCUCCGCAGACUGUGAGAAUCUUCACAUAGAAGGGGUGACGGGAGAAUCCUUUGCACAUAAGGGUAUAACACAAGCCGCAAGUUACAUAUACAAGAGGCUUAUAAAUGAUGGCAUCUUGAACCAGGCUUUCACCAUUGCACCCGAAUACAAGCUUGUUGUUGUUGGACACAGCUUGGGAGCAGGAGCAGCCGCAGUGUUGGCAAUCAUGCUGCGCAAUUCCUUCCCUAGCCUGACCUGCUAUGCAUUUUCACCCCCAGGGGGCUUGUUAAGCAAAGACCUGGCAGAUUAUUCCAAAAGUUUCAUUGUCUCCAUAAUAGUUGGGAAAGAUCUGGUGCCAAGACUGAGUUUUCCUAACAUGGAAGAUCUUAAGAAAAAAAUACUGAGGAUGGUUGUUAACUGUAACCGCCCUAAGUACCAGAUCCUGCUUCGGGGUUGCUGGUAUGAAAUAUUCGGAGGGACUCCAGAUGACUUCCCAACAGAACUGGAUGGCAGAAACUUUGAAGCUUUCUCCCAACCGCUUCUGGCUGAGCAAAGCCUAAUUGUGCACAGAACAAUGUCUUAUAAUACCUUGACAGAGGAUUCUCCUUCAGGAUCGCCCCAAUAUCCUCUCCUCUUCCUGCCAGGAAAGAUCAUCCAUAUAGUCGAAGACAGAAGAUCGGGAUACUUGUGUUUUUCCGAUGUGAAACACAGUGCAUCAUGGUCAAAAGAGACUUCAUUCAGUAGUAUAUAUAUCAGCCCCAGGAUGAUCACUGAUCACAUGCCGGACAUUGUUCUGAAAGCCUUAAGAAGCUUGUGCCUGGAUCAAACCAGCUGCAGUUCCUGUCAAGCACCACCAGGUGUCGUAGCUGCAAACCAAAUGUAGCCCGGGAAUGGCUUCCCAUAAAGACAGCUUGGCUUUCCUGGGGCUGAAUGGUGAUCCAAAAGGACUUUAUUUUUUCUAUUACAUUGGGAAGCAUCUCGUUGCACUUUAUUUUUUUAAAAACGCUUGAAAGAACCAAGUAUGUGAAAGCUAAGGGUAUAGUGGGCAUCCUUGUCAACACCCCUGAAGCUUAAAGUGUUUGUAUUUAUUAUGAAUCCUCGGGAGAAGACUUUGGCAUCUGUUUUGGCUACUUGAAGUCCAGAUAGUUGCCAUGUUCAGCAACAUACACUGCAACCAGGACACAAUCUACCAGUUCAACAUCGCUGUUGCUUUAUCAGUGAGCAAAGCUGACAUUUUUAUUGCUGUCUAAAGUAACAAAUAGGAGCACAAAGCUGUGCAAAGUGUCCUGUAUUAAUGUGGUUGUCUCAGCAAGUGCAGGCUGGUUUAUACAUGCACAGAAUGCACUACUGACAGAGAAUUGACUUGUCUCUGGACAGGUUCUGCCUUGUACAUAAAAUCAGGAGUUGGAAACAAUGACAGAUGCUGUUACAGUGCGGCUUGGACAGACAUGGGUUUAUUCAAUCAUAUGUGCUCAUGUGUUGUUUGAUAGAUUUGUGUGUGUUUUGUUUUUUUAACUUGUAUACAGUUUUAAAAAAAUAUGUCGGCAGGGCUAGUAAAAUGCUAGUUUCUGAAGCGUGCAUCCUCUGGGGCAAUGAUGUGCCACUAUGGUGCUCCAAAUCUAAGCACAAAAAAACACAAGCGUCCCUCAUAGACUUCUAAGUAACCAGAUGCUCCGAACUCCGAACCUUAAUUAACUUCAGCCUUAGCACACUGCUGCACAGUAAUCAUUGAAGACAUUUCACUACUCAUCCGAGCAUAUGAAAGCCGGUGGUUUCAGAACACUUUAUACAUCCAU